CGCAUGCGCAAUGGCAACCCGAGAAGCCGGAAGUGAAUGGCGGCGGUGUCAGAGGCACAAACGCGAGAACAGCUGUGCUAAACACGCGCACGCGCACGCGCACGCCAUACCGACAUGGUGGCUGGUGAGAAGUGAAUAAUAAAGAAGUGCAUUAGAGAGAGAGAAGCUUCUGACACCAGGCCUGACGGACAGAGGAAGAGGAGGAGGAUGAAGGAGGCGCAGGGCUGCGGGAUGCGCUGCUCUGUGGGCUUCCUGUCCCGCAGGAUGAUGAGCGGCCGCCAGCUGCUGAAGGAAGACUUUCAGAGGCGCAGAAUGGAGGGAUGUAACAGUCUGUACCGCAGGGACAUGAUGGGGCACUACGGCUGUGUCAAUGCUAUAGAGUUCUCUAACAACGGGGGACAGUGGCUGGUGUCCGGUGGUGAUGACCGGCGUGUACUCUUGUGGCACAUGGAGAAAGCUCUUCAGUCUCGUGUCAAACCUGUCAAACUAAAAGGCGAACAUCUGUCUAAUAUCUUCUGUCUCGCGUUUAACAGCACAAAUACACACGUUUUUUCCGGGGGGAAUGAUGAGCAGGUGAUUCUGCAUGAUGUGGAACGCGGUGAAACACUCAAUGUGUUUCUCCAUGACGACGCUGUGUACGGUCUCUCUGUCAGCCCUGUCAAUGAUCAUGUUUUUGCCAGUUCGUCAGACGAUGGGCGUGUCCUCAUCUGGGACACAAGGGAACCCCCCCAUGGAGAGCCAUUCUGCUUGGCAAAUUAUCCGUCUGCAUUUCACAGUGUGAUGUUUAACCCUGUGGAGCCACGCUUACUCGCAACAGCCAACUCUAAAGAGGGCGUCGGCCUGUGGGACAUCCGCAAACCACGAAGUUCUCUGCUGCGGUACGGGGGUUCUCUGUCUCUGCAGAGUGCGAUGAGUGUGCGCUUUAACAGUGCAGGUACACAGCUGCUGGCUCUGCGCAGACGUCUGCCCCCUGUACUGUACGAGCUGCACUCUCGCCUGCCCAGCUUCCAGUUUGACAACCAGGGUUACUUUAACUCCUGUACCAUGAAGAGCUGCUGCUUCGCUGGGGACCGGGACCAGUAUAUCUUGUCUGGCUCUGAUGACUUUAAUCUCUACAUGUGGAAAAUUCCCAAUGACCCAGACUCAGCAGGCCGAGUAGUUAAUGGGGCGUUCAUGGUGUUGAAGGGUCACCGCUCCAUUGUGAAUCAGGUCCGCUUUAAUCCACACACCUACAUGAUCUGUUCCUCUGGGGUGGAGAAGGUUAUCAAGGUGUGGAGUCCGUACCAGCAGCCGGAGUGUGUGGGUGAUCUGGAGGGUCGGGUGGAGGAUAAGUCUCGCUCUCUCUACACACAUGAGGAAUACAUCAGUCUGGUGUUGAACAGUGGCAGCGGUCUGUCACAUGACUACGUCAGCCAAUCAGAGCAGGAGGAUCCACGCAUGAUGGCCUUUUUUGAUUCGCUUGUGCGGCGGGAGAUCGAAGGCUGGAGCUCUGAUUCAGAUUCCGACCUGAGUGAAGGAGCCAUUCUGCAGCUGCAUGCCAGGGGGCGUGGCCACACCCGCUCCACAAACCACGGAGAUUCCACAAAUCAAGCUCCACCCAGUGAAGCGAUCAGCAAUCGGCAAAGCGACUCGGACCACUCCUCUUCCACGUCGUCCUCCUCGUCCUUAUUAUCUGGUCCUGGUUCUGGGAGUGAGAGGGUAGGUACCGAUGCUGUAUUUCCCCGCAGACGGAGAAGGGCAGGGUCACAACGAGCAUCUGCAUUCCUUUUGGAUGUGGCAAACGAAGAUUCGGAUUCCAGUAGUUUCUGGUUUGACCCCUUGCCUCGUCCACGUUCUCCGAGCCCACGUGAGAACUCCAGUCUCUCUAGGACCUCCAGUCCAAGCUCCUCUCCCAGCUCCUCCUCUACAACCUCAUCUAAUAGUGAUGGAGAAGAGGCGGAGCUUCAGAGGAGCAGAGUGCGACAACGUAAUGCAGCUAGGAAGCAGGGCCGUAUGUGUUUGUCACGCCUAGACUCCACCCACUCAAUUCAAAGCGCCACAGAUUACAGUAGCUACCCCAAAAUAUCUCUUCAGGAUUCAACAUCUCCUUCUUCCUCCGGGGAAGAGAGCCGGCAAGCCAGAUGUGGCGGUAAGAAGAAGGGGCAUGGUGCUGCUUCUAGCCCUGGGCCUUCUUCAGAGAGCCAAGCAGAUACACACCUGCGAGUCACUGAAUCCUUGGAGAGGGCGGAGUCAAGAAUUGGGGAGCGGGAGGAGAUGGGGGCAGGUAAAAGCAGCAAAGACGAAUUGAACAGCUCAGGGGUAUACGGAAACUUGAGCACUUGUGAUGAGAGCUGUAUAGACUCAACUGUUCCGGAAUCCUCAGAAGAGGCGGAGCCUGAAUCUAAGCCAACAGGCUCUAGGACUGGAAAACGGACACGCUUUGGAUCCGGACCAGCAGAGGAGGAGGAGCCUCCAUCAGAAAAAAAGUUGAAGACAUAAUGUCAUAAGAUAAACUGGCCUUUUGAUUGGCUUGUCGAUUUUGUGUGUUUUAUUUACAGCCUGCUGUGUGUUUAGUGUUGAAGGCGGAGCAGCAUUAAAAAAAAUUCAUUUCAUAUAUUUUUGGGUCAUUUUGUAGGUGAACAUUUACUGCCUGCAGUCUGAUAGUGAACAGGUGUGAAAACUAAUCAGUUCAUUUUUUAUCGUUUUCAAUCAGAGUCUUUUAUCUUUAUUUUAUUUAUUUAUUUUACAUCAUCUUUUUUUUUUGGGAACGCCGUAACCUGAUCCAAAUUCUAACGUUACUGGGCUUCGACAUCAAGAAAGGCACGGACUCAACAAGGGGCGGGGCUUAGGUUGUAUUUCAUUAACAGAAAAUUCAGAUGAAUUAAAUAUUACAUCACAGUAUGUUAAUGUGUGUAAGUGAAGCACCAAGCCAUGUUCUUCAUGCUGCUAGCUAAUGUUCAUGACUGAUUGUAUAAUAUAAGCUCCGCCCCUGCUGAGGCACAGACAACACUCUCACCUGCAGACUGUACACCUGCACACUCACCUGAGCGGUAGCUAGUGGGCGUGGCUUUGAGGUUGCUCAUAGACAUGCCCACUAGUGUGUGAUUCAGUGUGGGUGUGGCCAUGCGACGAUGACCACUACCCUAAUCUGUGGGGGGAGGUGCACUGAGUCAGUAUUCAGCUGUGAUUUAUUCUGUAUAAUUUACAUGAUGAAGUUUAUUCAGUUUCAGUAUAAGUUUUAAAUGUAAAUGCACACAGUAACCCAGUGGGGAAGGAGAUAAAUUAGAUGUCAGAUGGGAGGCGGAGCUUUAGAACAGCAUGUAAUGAUAUACUGUAGACAGAGGCAUAUGUAGGCUCCGCCCACUGCCAUGACUGACACAGUGCUGUGUUAGAGUUUUGCACUUAAACAGAAAUGAGGUUGGUAUGAAGUGCCCUUGAUAUCCUCCCUGCCAAUGCAGCCAAUUUGUGUGUGUGUGUGUGUGUGUGUGUGUGUGUGUGUGUGUGUGUGUGUGUGAAAUAUUGCGAUAUAUUGUAUACCUUAGAUUUCUCCCAGAUAUGGUACUGACGUUCACCCAACUCACACUGAUGAUGUCAUCACUUACGGAGUGACCUGACGCUAAAGAGUUUAAACGUUAAUCAUGUUGAUAUUGUUAAUGACGUUAGGAUUUGUGUUCAGGUUGAUGAUGGGUGAGGCGGAGCGAGCUGAUAGCUGUUAGAACACCCUUUAUAUUCUGCUCUGCUUAAAGGUGAUGUGCUGUGGACGAUGUUUCCAUGGUAACCCUGCAGCUAUGCUAUGCAGUGACAUCAUUAAAAUUUGAUUUGUUUCUGUUCA